GAGUGUGUAGCCUAGUCGAGGUGGAGAUCAGUUAGACAGACGCGCACUGUUGCAGACGGACAGAACAUCUUAACGUUGAGUGUAACAGCCUUGGGUUUUCGGUGGGUUUAUACAGAGUUCACCGUUCGAUGAGAAAUUCUAUUCAGUGUAAGCUACUCGAAAGUCUUCUUCUCAACACUCUGCUAGAGGGGCGUUCUUUUGAGACGGAGCGAGGGUGCGCCUCAAAUGCAUCGUCAUAAACUAUUUUGCUAUCCACACAGCCACAUGUUGGUGCUCUCGAAAAACGACGUGGCAUUUAAUUUUUUUCGUUUGUACACCGUUAAAAGGACCUUUUCAACUGUGCGCAUUUUUUUUAACAACAUUUGAACUCUAUAUCAGGGAGGUUAAAAUUAAUGUUUUUCUUUUGGACAAGCGCACAAACGUGAAGGAUGACGCCAUAUGUUUAUUGUAACAGAUAAUAACGGACAUUUGGACUUGGAUUAAUGGUCAAAGAGCCUUGACAACUUUUGAUGGGUACUGUUGUGUUAAAAAAAAAAAUGAAUGACCAACAUUUCACAGUGAUGUGAACAACUGUUGAAUCUCCGAGGAAAACUAUUAUAUUUGUCUCUCUGGCUCUCUGCUCUCUAUCUCCACAGUCUCCAACUCUAUUUCCCCAGUUUCUAUCCUGAACCUGUUUUUUUAUUUUCAACGAUAAACCUAAAGACGGAUGAUGAGGAGUGUGUAAUUUGUUCCAUAAUAAAACGAUGCGUCGCGUCCCUAACACCUGUUGAACGGUGAUUAGCCUAAAUAAUGGCUUGCCGGAGCUGCUGCUGUUGUGGCUUCGGUCCCUUCAACGAGGAUAACGCCAGGUUCCUUAUGUUAGCUGUGUUCAUAACCUUCUACCUCCUCUGCGGUGCCGCUGUCUUUUCAGCACUGGAACAGCCUAUGGAAGCGGAGGCGAAGGAGCGCUGGGCGCAGCGGUUUGAACAGUUCACCCAAAAGUAUAACCUGAGCAAGAAAGAGUUGAACAACUUCUUGAGGAACUAUGAGGAGGCGAACGUGGCCGGGAUCCGCGUGGACACCAUCAGACCUAGGUGGGACUUUACCGGUGCGUUCUACUUCGUGGGGACCGUGGUCUCGACCAUAGGGUUUGGGAUGACCACGCCAGCGACGAUCGGUGGUAAGAUCUUCCUCAUCUUCUACGGCCUCAUCGGCUGUGCCGCCACCAUCUUGUUCUUCAACCUCUUCCUGGAGCGCGUCAUCACCGUCAUCGCCUUCGUCCUCAAGUUCUGCCAUGAGCGCCGCCGCCGCCGCAAGGCUGUGCUCCCUCAAAAUGGCUGCCGACGCCUCUCUGAGGGCAGCGGUGGAGGCGACGGGGGCGGAAGAGGUGGCAGGGGGGAGUGGCUAGCCGGGUGGAAGCCUUCGGUAUACUGUGUGAUGCUGAUCCUUGGCGCCGCUGCCAUCUUGGUUUCCUGCAGCGCCUCAGCAAUGUACUCUGCUGUAGAAGGCUGGGGGUACCUAGACUCUCUGUACUUCUGCUUUGUGGCGUUCAGCACCAUCGGGUUCGGGGACGUGGUGAGCAGCCAGAGGCUGGCGUACGAGGAGGGGAACAUGAACCAGAUGGCCUACCGGCUGGGCAACUUCCUCUUUAUACUGACAGGCGUCUGCUGUAUCUACUCGCUGUUCAACGUCAUCUCCAUCGUCAUCAAACAGGUGCUGAACUGGCUGUUGAGGAGGAUGGAGGCACCAUGUCACUGCCCGGGGAGGGGGGGCCACCACCCCCAGCAGAGACACCCCCGCAGGAACGUGGUAGUGCCCGGACACCUGAGGGCGCAGCGGGACCUGUCCAUCGAGACAGACGUGGUGAAUGAGAGCGAGGCAGACGGGCGGAGGAUGUCUGGAGAGAUGAUCUCGAUGAGAGACUUCCUGGCUGCUAAUAAGGUGAACCUGGCCAUCAUGCAGAAGCAGCUGUCAGAGAUGGCUAAUGGUCAACCUCGCCAAUCUGGAUCCAACUCCCGCCACAACGACUUUUCUGGAGGGGUGGGUGCCCUGGGCAUCAUGAACAACCGCCUGGCAGAGACCAGCAUGGACAGAUAAACCUGGCAGACCAUCAGGGUGGACAUAUAGGCCAGACUGAUAAACUGGCCAGAGAGACAGUCACCAGAAAUA